AUGGCAUACUCCAAAGAUUACUACCACAUCCUGCAACUGCCUGCGCCAGUUUGGUCCUCAUCGAAACAGCAAACAUCGCCAGCGGAAUUACGUCGAGCGUACAAAGUCGCGUUGUUAGCAGCGCACCCAGAUAAGGCGAGCGCCGUCUCCGCGACGGCAAGGACGAAGCCCGCAUACACAGUCGACGACGUGAAAGAAGCCUACACAACCCUCGCAACCGAAACAACGAAGACGGAAUACGAGAACUGGUUCUUGCAUCAUCGGGAUAGCCUUGCGUCGUCGAAGACUGCGGAUCCGCAUGCGCACGCGAAUACACAACCGUCAAGCGAUUUCAUACUUGGGCUCGAGUUGCUUGAUCUUGGGGACUUUGAGGUCUGGGAACCAGAGGAUGGGGAUACGUCUGCAGACACGAAUAGUCCGGAACAAACGACAUGGACAAGAGCUUGUCGGUGUGGUGCGGAAAAGGGUUUUAGUAUACUCGAAGAAGAGCUAGAGGAUGCGGAGGCAAGGGAUGAGAAAGAGGUUCUGGUGGGGUGUUUAGGGUGCAGUCUGUGGGUUAGGGUUGCGUUUGAUGUCGAGGUAGGUUGA